AUGCCUAGCGAAAAAUCGGUUAUUAUGGCGUAUAUGUUUUGGAUAUUUGGUGGAAUAUUUGGCUUACACCAUUUCUACCUGCGGCGAGACAGACACGCUUUCGUAUGGUGGUCUACCCUUGGAGGAUUCGGCAUUGGGUGGCUUGGAGAAGUUUUUCGUAUCCCUCGGUAUGUUAGAGAUGCCAACGAGGAUCCGACUCAUAUGCAAGAAUUAGUAAAGAGGAUGCUCCAAAAUAAAAAGGAUCUGCCUCGGGGAGAUGGAAGUUAUUGGUUGAGCCUCCGUUCUCGA